AUGGUCCAAGACACCAAACCGGAGCAAGAGGAGGGCGAGCCUUCCCAGGAGAUUACUCACCGCCUCUGUUACCUUGUCACCUUGUGGUUCCCGGUUUUGUGCCUCACUCUGACCCUGGGAUGAACAGGUGCCAUGUCCCCCAUCCAGUCCCGGAUCAUUGGAGGCUGGCAUUCCCAGCCCUCACAGGUGGUUAGGUACGGCUGCAACAAGUUCAAGUACAGAGCCUCCUGUACCCCAGACAAUGGCUUCUCACAACCACAUUUCGACUUUAGUCUCCUGAAGAAGAAAAGCAUCCUCUCAGAAGGCCUCAGCCAUGGCCUCAUGCUGCUCCACCUGAAGAAGCCCGCCAAGAUCACAGAUGCCCUGAGGAUCCUGGGCCUGUCCACCAGGGAGCCUGCAGUGGGGACCAUGUGCAGCAUCUUGGGCUGGGGCAGUACCCAAUCAGAUAAAGUGUCUCUCUCAGACGAUGUCCAGUGUGUGGACGUCACAUUCAUGCCCAACAUUGAGUGGCAGUCCCGACACCCGCAUAAGGUGGCUGUCAAGUUGUGCACUGGGAACGUGAUGGUCAUCAAAGACGCCUGCAGAAUGAAUCAGACUUCCCCCGCCAGGACCUGCAGGGAUGUCAUGACCCCUGAAUCCAGAAUUCAAGGUCCACACACCUACUCCGGCGCAAGAAGCAUGACUCUAGAGCCCAGUUUCCACACUCCAGACCCCAAAUUCCAGAUUCGACGCAGGAGGCAGCCACAGCGGGAGGGGGAGGCCCAGAGUGACCCAGGAAGACUCCCCAAAGGCCAAGAGCGCUUGUACCGGCGCCAGGACGGCUACCAGGAGCUCUCCCAGGUCCGGUUCAGACCACCUCCCGCAGGCUUCCGCCGCGCCAGGCCACGGCUGGGCGGAGCGGGGGACACGGCGAGGACCCCACCACAGCCCUGUCUGGGGGCAGGGGGAGGGCCCCGGAUGUCAGCGUUCCGGGCAUCUGUGCCCUUAACCGAGGCAGAAAGGGCGCCGUGCCACCCAGAGGCGCCUCCCCGGAAGAUGUGGGGCCUGCCGAGCCGUGUACGACAAGGUGGGCUCAGUGACAGGGAGAAGGAGGGCGCUCACUGA